AUGGCUAGAAGGGCGGCUUAUGUGACUCUACUCACAGCAACUAGCUAUUUACCUGGCGUUCUGGUGCUCGAUUGUACCCUUAGAUCUGUGGAAUCUGCGUACCCUCUUAUUGUCAUGGUCACUCCUACGCUACCCCAGGAUGUUCGGAGUGUUCUAGAGCGAAGGGGAAUUUCCAUGAGGCCUGUUGAAUCGCUGCGCCCUCCAGAGGGAAAGCAUUCACUUUCGACGCACGACGCAAGAUUCGCUGAUACAUGGACGAAGCUGAGAGCAUUCGAACUGAAGGAAUAUGAACGCGUCGUCCUCAUGGAUGCCGAUAUGAUUGUGAUGCGCAAUAUGGAUGAGUUAUUUGACAUCGAUCUCCCAAACAAUUGGAUAGCUUCUGCACAUGUGUGUGCUUGUAACCCACGCAAACUGCCCCACUAUCCUGCUGAUUGGGUUCCCGAGAAUUGCGCAUAUACUCCGUUAAUCCACCCCUCUGGUUUAACUACUCCAGUGCUCAUUACAGAAGCAAGCCCGCGUCCCCACACUCAGCUAAACUCCGGCAUCGUGGUUCUCAAUCCUUCCCUGGCUCUUGCAGAAACUGUUCGCAACCACCUUUACACUUCACCUCUAGUGUCAACUUGGUCAUUCCCAGACCAAGACCUCCUGUCAGAUUUAUUUAGAGGAAAGUGGAAACCUCUUCCAUGGUGUUACAAUGCACUCAAGACAUUGAUGUUAAUUCACAAACCGCUGUGGAGAGACGAGGAGAUCAGAUGCCUUCACUACAUUUUGGCCGACAAGCCUUGGCAAACCAGGGUAUCUGAAGAUGAUACAGGAGAAUACGCAAAGAGUCACAGGUGGUGGUGGCAGAGGCUAGAGCAACUCGGCCAAGAGAUGAAAGGGGAACCUGAGGACUGGAAGCUGGUGCUGGCGAACGUUGCACAGUAA